UUUUAACAAAUACAGUGACUGGGCGGAAAAGAGGUUCGAGAUGGAAAAGUAUCUAGGUUUACCCUAGAGCGUCGCCACAUUAAUAUUGCUUUCAGGUUUUUGUUGUAUCGUCAAGCAUUGUAUUGAUGGCUUCAACUUUUUAUUAAUAUAUAUCUUUUAACGAUCGUUCCAGGAGCACAUCUCUCAAGAUGGAUACGAACAAUCUCUGUUUACGAGAUUUUUUUUACACAUUGUUAAUUUCAUGAUGCUAAAGAAAUCGCAAGCCAAUCCAAAAGUGAGCCUGAGCAAUUAGAAAGGUAAACAGGCAGGAGAAGUUUUAAUGCUGGGAUUGGGAUCCUCCCCUUUUGCAUUUCCAUUGGUCACUGAACUCUCUGACGACAUAUAUUAACCCAGGCUGCUCUAAAGAUGUAGCUGUACAUGGAGAUCGGAGAAUCCUGCUGUUCGUCAGCUUCGUCCUGACUAGAUCCUGAAGAUAUUGGAGCACGAUUAAUGAUCAUUUUUAGGGGAUCUUUUUUUCCCUCUCUCUCUCUCUCGUCUGUGCUUCUGCUUAUGUGUGUGAGAGAGACAGAGACCAAGGCUGAACCAUUUUUUUUCCAAAUCCAUUUGAAGAGGAAACUUUUUGUUGCUUGCUUUAUUUUUGUGCGUUGUGCAUAUCUUGAUGGUUCUUGGUACUGGAGCCCAUCACUAUUUUUGCUUUGUUCAAAAGAAGACUUUAUUUUCCCCCUCCACAGUGACAGUUAUUUAAUGCCAAGCAAACCAGCCGGAGAGAAGCUGCACAAUGGAGGAAGUUGACUGUAAGUAAAGCACCGCGAUAUUUAAAAGCCUAAAGCAUCCUUCACUUGCAACUUGUUUGUUUGGGCAAUAACGAGCCGAAAGGAAAAAACAAAACAAAACAAAAAAAGGUGAAAUAUCUAAAGAGAUACUUGCAAAAUAUUUUACACACUUGUCUAUGUGUGUGUGUGUCUGUGUGCGUGUCUUUCCCUCAAUUGUUUUCCAUCAAAUUGUGCAGAGGGAGAGAGAAGGAGAAAGGACUGGGGGAAGUCGCCUUACACGCGGAAGAUGAGUUUAGUUGGAGGGUUCCCUCAUCAUCCGGUGGUACACGAUGGUUAUCCUUUCGCCGCUGCGGCCGCCGCUGCAGCCGCUAGUCGCUGUCACGAAGAGAGCCCGUACUUCCACGGCUGGCUCAUCAGUCACGCCGAGAUGUCUCCCCCCGACUACACAAUGGCGCCGUCCUAUAGCCCCGAGUACGCCAACGGCGGCGCGGGGCUCGACCACUCGACGUACGGGGGUGUCUCGGCGGCGGCGGCUGCGGCGGCUGUGGUGGGAGGGCGGCCGACCAAGCGCAGAGGAACGGCCAACCGCAAGGAGAGGCGCAGGACUCAGAGCAUCAACAGCGCCUUCGCCGAGCUCCGCGAGUGUAUCCCCAACGUGCCGGCCGAUACCAAACUCUCCAAGAUCAAGACCCUGCGCUUGGCCACCAGCUACAUUGCCUACCUCAUGGACCUCUUGGCUAAAGAUGACCAGAAUGGGGAGACAGAGGCCUUCAAAGCGGAAAUCAAGAAGGUGGAUGUAAAGGAGGAGAAAAGGAAGCGGGAACUGAAUGAGGUUCUGAAGAAUACAGUCAGCAGCAGUGACAAAAAGACUAAAGGAAGAACCGGCUGGCCACAACACGUCUGGGCUCUGGAGCUCAAACAGUGAAAGUUUGAACGUGAACUUUGGAAGAUGGGGGUAGACGAGACUUUCCAGAGGUUGUUUCUUCCCCGCCACCCCACCCCAAAA